AUGGGUUGCAGUGCUUCGGUGCCAACAGUUAGUUCUCUCAAUGCUCAUCCUCUCACGUCUUCAUCAUCACCACCGACGGCACCACCAAAAACUUUGGAGAUUGCAAAACGUGAUCGUCGACGCAUUGAACCACAAGAACUUAUACAAAAUUUUCUGUUGCUUUGGCUAGAUGCAUAUAUCGAUGAAUCUACUGAUGAUUUUCGUAAUUCAAUGAAACAAUUACGCCGCACAGUUAAUACUAUUGAAACAUUUCAAGAUACUGACGAAUGCAUCAAUUUUAUAACAAAACUUGAAAAUAAAAAAGUCUUUCUCAUUAUUUCUGGUGCUCUAUGUCAAACUAUUGUACCAAAUAUUCAUCAACUCGACCAAAUCUACUCAAUCUAUAUAUUUUGUCGAAAACCGUCGAAGUACCAAGAAUGGGCAAACGAUUGGUCUAAAGUGAAAAGUAUUGUUACGGAAAUUACUUCAAUUUGUGACUCAGUUCGACAAUCGGCUCGACAAUGUAAUGAAGAUUUAGUCACGAUUAGUGCUGUGUCAUCAUUAAAUAAAAUUGAACCGUCAUUUAUGUACACACAAUUAUUUAAAGAAAUCCUUUCUGAAAUCGAAUUUGAUAAAAACAAAGAAAUCAAUACACUAGCUGAAUACGCCCGCGAAAAGUAUACCGGCAACGGUGAACAUUUAAUGAUGAUCGAUGAAUUUGUGCGAGAUUAUCAAAAUGAUUCAAACGAGAACAAAGCUAUUUGGUGGUAUACACGUGAAUGUUUCACAUAUCACAUGCUGAACAAAGCCUUGGGAAAUCUUCAAGUUGAAACUCUGCUCAAUAUGGGUGUCUUCAUUCGUGAUCUUCACCAAAAUAUUACCAAACUUCAUUUCGAACAAUCAAAUAAAGCACCUACAACAACAACAAUUACAGUCUAUCGGGGCAAAACUAUGAGCAAGCAGGAUUUCGAAAACAAAAUUAAAACAGAUGGACUCAUUUCAUUCAAUAACUUCUUAUCCACAAGUGAUGAUCAGAAAGUAGCCACACGUUUUAUAACAGAUGCACUACAAUCAAACAACAAAAACAAAAUAGGUGUUCUGUUCGAAAUGACAAUUGUGCGAACGAUUUCAUCGACUCCAUUCGCCGCAAUACAUGGAAUCAGUUUCUUCCCAACAGAAAGUGAAAUUCUCUUUUCAAUGCAUACUGUUUUUCGUGUUCAACAAAUCAAACACAUCGAAGAGAAUGGCAUAAAGCUACAACAAGUAAAACUAACACUCACCACUGAUAAUGAUGAUCAACACCUCAAUGCACUUACCCAACAUAUCCGAGACGAAAUCACCGGGACAGGAUGGCAACGAAUGGGUUCGCUGCUAUGGAAAAUGGGGGAGAACAACAAAGCCGAACAAGUGUAUACAAUGUUACUUGACAAUGCUACCGAUGACCGUGAUAAAUAUUACUGUUACAAUCAACUUGCAAUCAUCAAGGCUAAUCAAGGAGAAUAUCCAAUUGCGGCCGGCUUAUACGAAAAAUCUCUCGCUGUCACAGAAAACAUCCUCCCUCCGAAUCAUCCGGACUUCGCUGCUUCCUACAACAACAUCGGUUCCGUGUAUGCUAAGAUGGGCGAGCACUCGAAAGCACUUUCAUCCUACGAACGAUCACUGGAAAUUCAGAAAACAGCUCUCCCUCCGAAUCAUCCGGACUUCGCUGCUUCCUACAACAACAUCGGUGUGCUAUAUGCUAACAUGGGUGAGCACUCGAAAGCACUUUCAUCGUUCGAACGAUCACUUGAAAUUCGGAAAAUAACUCUCCCUCCGAAUCAUCCGGACUUGGCUGCUUCCUACAACAACAUCGGUAUGAUGUAUGAUAAGAUGGGCGAGUACCCGAAAGCACUUUUAUUGUACGAACGAUCACUUGAAAUUCAGAAAACAGCUCUCCCUCCGAAUCAUCCGGACUUCGCUACUUCCUACAGCAACAUCGGUUCUGUGUAUGCUAACAUGGGCGAGUACUCGAACGCACUUUCAUCCUACGAACGAUCACUUGAAAUUGAGAAAAUAGCUCUCCCUCCGAAUCAUCCGGACUUGGCUGCUUCUUACAACAACAUCGGUGUGCUGUAUGCUAACAUGGGCGAGUACUCGAACGCACUUUCAUCCUACGAACGAUCACUUGAAAUUCAGAAAAUAGCUCUCCCUCCGAAUCAUCUGGACUUGGCUGCUUCCUACAACAACAUCGGUCUGCUCUAUGAUAAGAUGGGCGAGUACUCGAAAGCACUUUCAUCGUUCGAACGAUCACUUGAAAUUCAGAAAAUAACUCUCCCUCCGAAUCAUCCGGACUUGGCUGCUUCCUACAGCAACAUCGGUGUGCAGUAUGCUAACAUGGGCGAGUACUCGAAAGCACUUUCAUCCUGCGAACGAUCACUUGAAAUUGAGAAAAUAAAUCUCCCUCCGAAUCAUCCCGACUUAACUACUUCCUACAACAACAUCGGUAUGAUGUAUGAUACGAUGGGCGAGCACUAGAAAGCACUCUCAUCCUACGAACGAUCACUUGAAAUUCUGAAAAUAACUCUCCCUCCGAAUCAUCCGGACUUGGCUGCUUCUUACAACAACAUCGGUCUGCUGUAUGAUAAGAUGGGCGAGUACUCGUAGCAGUUUCUGAACUUUCGAGAAAUUAUCUGCUGACUCUUGAAUACUUUCCUUGCUUUCGACUUGCUUCUUCGUCACUAAUUUCGUAAUUUUCCUGCUGCAGAUGCCAUGACGUGCUUUAAAAUGAUGAAUCCAGUAGGUACUGGCG